UGGAGAGACGUCACACCAGUCCGAGUGCUGUGUGUACGAAGACAUGGCAGACGCCUGAUCAAACCUCUCCCAAUGAUAAACAGGUGCCAGAAAAGCAGAAUUUGGCUUCCAAAGGAGGCGAGAGACCUGCAGGCUGGCAGGCUCUGAGGAGUCGCUGGAAUACCAACAGGGUGUUAGCUUUCCCCGGAGGCAGCAAGUCUAAAGAGCUCCCCGCAGGAACCAGCUCAGACCCCAACACAAAGUCCCCGCUGACAAAAACAACGAGCCCAGAGGCCCUCAAGCCUUCUCCUCUGAAUCGUACAACCUCUGCUGAUUUCUACAGACCGCCCACUCUGCCGCAAAGGACAAACACCACAGUGCCAUGUAAGCCACAGGGUCCGUUGCGCAGAACAAGCAGCGCCCAGCCUGUGAAGGCAAUCGUCCCUUUGUGUGAAACAAACAACAUACAGACGAGCUCUGCUGUAACCACGCUUAUCCCUCAGAACAGAACCGGCUUCUCGUCCAUCACCAUCUCCUCCAGAAAAGUCUGCAGGUCUUCCAGUCUGCCUGGCUCAGGCAACACCUCCUCCCAGUCCAGCCGAUCCCCUUCUCCUCCCAUAAACCACCAUUCCUCGAUGGAGCCGAGCCCUGGGCAGGUGACGGUGCAAAGGAAGGCCACUAUCGUGAAAGUGACAGAGAAGAGGGUGAUGGCUAGCCCCGGUCCAAGCUCUAGAAAGACAGGGACACCGUCUGCUGACUAUGCUGUGGACACAGUGGUUCACAGAAGAAAAGCCACCAUCAUCAAAGUGACGGAGCACAGGGAGAGCUACAGUCCAGCUAAAGCCCGGUGCAGCCACCCAGAGUACAGACACAGCUACACUGAGGGACUGUUUCAGAACAACAGCACAUGGAGUCAAGGAAAUCCCCCUAAGAGCAAUGUAGCACCGUCACAACACCAAGUCACCAACAACAACUCCACUGUAGCUCCACAUGCAAUGACUGCAGAUCCAGAGAAGAAUGGUACAGUGCACAGAUCCACACUGAGUCUCUUUCUGAGUAACCCCCCUGCGAUAGCAGCACCUGCUUCCUCUGAGGUUCCCUCAAAGGCCGUUGGACGGCGGCCGGACCGGCCACACAGACCACAGAGCUGGUAUGGCAAUGCGAUUGGACACACUGAGCCAUGCAAGGAGACCGUGACACAACCAGUGGCCAGGAAAUGGAGCUCUGGGCUUCCACAGCAGACCAAUAUCAACCCCGUGAACCCAAGCAGUGGUUUCAUCGGCCGCGAAAAAGCAGCAACAGAACCUGGACAGCGACUAACAGACACCCUUAAACCAAGCGGAGGCGACAAAGGAGAAAAAGACAUAAUGUUGCUGCGGCCAGAGGAUACAAAGAGGAGUCUGACUCUCAUCAAAGCCCCGGAUCCCCGCUCCAGUCAGUCUCCAGACGAAGUGCUCGCCCUCAAUGCAGCGGCCAUUAUUGCAAAUAUCAAACUCCAGAGACGACUUGGGAAGAAGACAACACCAAAUGGUGAUUUAGAGAGGGACUCGGCCGCCUCGCCCCCGGGGAAUAUGGUGACAGAUGGGGGGAAAUGUAUGAAAUCCCCACCGGAUCAAAGCCAGGGCCAACGCCGCAGCCCUGCUGGAUUCGUUCCACUGAGUCCAGGCACCGAAAGGUCAGACGAACCUGUUUCUCUCCAGCAAGCGCUGAAGAGGUCCAGACCAGACUUCAUCAGCCGCUCUCAGGGCAGAGUGCGGCGGCUGGAGCGGAAGGCGCGGGAGAGGAGGGAGCUGUCAGAUUCAGUAGGCCUGCGGCCGGACGCGGCGUUCGGGCAGAGGAGAGCCCACGGCGCCCAAUCAGCCGCUCUGAAUGAUCACCCUUUCAGACCCAGAGACAGACCCACUAACUGGAAAGACAUGCAGUCCAGAACUAAACAGACGGCUGCUGAGAUGAAGAGAAAAAAGGAUGAAGAGAAGAAGAGGGAAAUCUGUCUGAGCAACAGGCAACGAGUUGAGCUUUUCAAAAAGAAACUGCUGGCUCAAGUUCUUCAGAAAAGCAACAACUGAAUGGCAGACUGCAGAAGAAGAAGAAGAAGAAGAAGAAGAAGCAUCUAACAUUUCAGAAUUGUUGAAAAUAUCACUCAAACUCACCUUACAUUGAAGUAUUACAGCGUAUCAAGGUUAACAUCUGUUUUUGCUACAGAUACAUUCAGUAUGGGAAAGCCCAGACUCGUCCAUCUUCAAAGAACCGUUUUUGUCAAUCCACCCAACUUUCCGUCUCACACCUGAUUCAUCCAAUCUGGGGAUGAGGCGAGCUGGAGUCAAUCUGAGUUAAGUCUGGACGCGAGGCAUGGUGCAGCCUGGACAAGUCACCGUCCCAAGGCCAAUACUGAAAGACAGACUAUCACACACACACACACACGCACACACACACUUUUCCUCCUGCAGGCAAUUUAGAGUCAGCAAUUUACCAGACGGGUGUGCCUUUGGACUGAGGAAAACAUGUAGAUUGUCUUGUUCAAAUCAAAGCUGAAAAGAAUCAUGAAUUCUCCUUUAUGGACAGGUUUAAAGGGGCUAAAGCAUGAAGUGCACAGAAUAUGUAGCACACACUUUAGCAGAAGAAUCAUAAGGAGUUCUGGAAAUACCAUCAAAACCUUGCUGUUAAAUGACCUUGUGGAUUUCUGAAAAACUGUCGUAUCCUUUGAGAAAAGCAGAUGUUCCCUCGCUUGUUUGUCCUAACUGUCCUUCUGGUCGGCAAACGUAAAUGAAGGCUGUUGUGGCUUCAUUCGAAUAUCUCAGUGGCUCCCACUCUAACAUCAAAACGGGUGUUUUGUGCCGUUCAUUAGUGUUAUUUUGUUUUCACUCGGCUGCUGAUCGCCUGUACUUUCCAGAAUGCUUCAUGUAACGGGAUGCAGAGUGACCUCUCAGUGCAUGAUGAAGUGCUGAUGUGCACGGCACACACAGUCACUUUCACACGAUGCGAAGCAGCCGUAUAAGACCGAAUCACUCAUUAAAGCCUCGCAGGCCCGUCCGGGACAGCCUCUGACCGUUAUCCUCAUUAUACGUGCAAUAAGCAGAAAGAAGUCUAAAGUGUGGCCCUGCCGUCAUUCAGCGCCAGCUAUUAGCCCUAAGACGGAGGAAUGUGACCCCUUCUCGUCGGAAGCGCCCCGUUAAUGGACAACGCCGUUCAAUGGAGCCUUUGUCUCUCAGUGUGUUUCAUGACGGAUUGGUCCUCUGCCACCGCAGUCUUAGCCUUGUGUGUUUGGAUCCGAAGCGAAAGACUUCACGUCGGAUCAGUUCAAAUCAGAAGAGACGUGCGAAUGUUUAUUUUUGGGGGAUAAUAGACAAUAGAGCCGAACGCUCUUCUCAUUACUCUUAAUUGUUGUUUUUGCUCAUUAGCCUCCAAGUUGGAGUUCUUUCAUAGUCCAGCUGUUUCAUCUGUCUUCAUUUCCACUGAUGUCAUGCAGAAAACAGAUGCCUGGCUGCUACUAUUUUGGGAGACCUUCCUUCAUGUCAGCGCAGAAGCAAGCGGGUGUAUUUGGACAGUAUGCUAAUCACAGCAUUCACGGAUCAAAAUCAUAAUUUCAGAUUAGAGAGUAUAUUAAGAACCGCGUGCGCUGUUAGGAGGUCAUUGACUGUGUGAUUUUCUGUUUUACCAAUUUAGCUGUGUGUAUCCUCUGGUCUCCCGCCAAAGACUGUUUUACUUUAACAGAAAUAUGGUUCCAUGUUCCAGCUCCAUGUUUUAUAUC